CAAGCAUAUUGCACAACAAGAUAAAUUGGACAACAAAACAUGGCUAGUUUCACACUGCAAAGACUGAGUAUCGCGUUGAAUGUGAUAUUCUUCGUGCUACUCGUCGUAAUGAUGAUUUACUAUGAAACCAGAGGCGAUAGCAGAAAUUUAAAGUUUCCUCAAAGACAUCAGUUUCUCUACUCCGUCUUUAAAAAAGAUGACAAUGCAAGAUUCACAACUAGUCCGCCAAAACAAGGUAUUAAAGUUAUGCCUGCUUCAGCUACUCUUCCCAAAAGUUUGACCAAUCCUUCGUCAUCAGGAUUUAACAUAACUAAUAACGGCACAAAUAAUAUGGCGUCAUUCAUAACAGCAACAGGAUGUUCAAAUUGCGUCGCGGCUGAAGAAGAUUUUUUCCAAUUCUCAACAUUUUUACAAGGAACAAACACGAAAGGAAAUGAACUCAAGAAUAAUAUAGAGGUUUUGCGAUGUUAUCUUGCUGACAUUUUACCUGAUAAUAAGUUAGACGAUAAGAGUACAGCUGCUUGUAGUAACCACCAAGGAACAACUUUUACGUUUCGGGAUCAAGUCCUAUUUAAGAAUAUCAGAAAUUAUAACAACAACGACACGGUUUCGUUAUCCCAAAUGUCACAACUUCUGCAACAAUUUAUUCCAAGUUUAAUUCUCAUGGAAGCAUACGAAAAAGAUGUAUUGAAAAACAAAACAAGAGUUGCAUUUCCAGAACGAUUAUCUAAAAUAAAAAAAGGACUGGUCAAAUUUACAGCAUACAUGCGCACUAUAAGAAAGAAUCUGUUGAAAUGCGAAUGUAUCUACAAUCUAAGCUACGAGAAAAAAAUUGGUCAAAUAGUUUUGGAAUUUGAUGAUCCAAUUUUUACUCAACUCAACACGAGCAUGGUAGAAAGAGAAUUAGCAAUCAUGAAGCAGUUGGAGAUGACUAUUCAGUUAGUCAAAGAGAUCCUUGGACAUCGUAGACGCUGUUUGCGGUGAAGUUGUUGAGUUGAGCUUUUAUUUUCUAAACAAGAUCGUAUGAUCGACAUUGGUUUUUGGCAAAAUAACUUUGUUGGAUAAUAAACGUAAUGUAUGCACCUAUAUUCUCAUUUAAUUCCUACUCACGAGAUAAUGGAGACAUGUUGUUAAGUUUUGCUGCUCAAUGUAUUGGGAAUACCUAAAAAUUUAAGUUCUUUGUAAAAAUAUCUAGUUGGUAUGUACGAUCUGCUUACAACCUCCGUUCACAGUAAUGAAGUCUAUUGACAAAAAUUUUUCUAUUUAAAAGAAGUAAUAAUUUAUAUAAUUGAAGACUGUUGUAUUUAUAUAUUUAUAAGCUUUUGGAAAUUUGAAUGGAGAGUAUAGCACAUAAUUUUUUAGUCAAUAUUUUUUUACGACGCAUUAUAUAUUAGUAGUUGCCAUAUAUUUAUUAAAUCCCAUUAUUUGUUUGUAUUGUUUUGUAUUGUUUUGUAUUUAUGCUAAAAAUUGUUCUAUAACAUUUACUGAGUCAUUUUUUGUGUUUUGAUAUCAAGGUUAGUUAUGAAUCAAAUCAAAUAAAAGGGAAAGUUAAGCACCAACAUAGACAGUCCAUCACUACGUCCAACUUACUAAAUGCCUGGUUUUUAUUUGUAAAGUGCGUAGAUAGUGCUGCUCUUUUUGAGCUUUCUAGUGUCCUAUUGUCUUUUUAUCGCAACUUCUUGACCUUAUUUGGGAAGUUUGUAUUGUUUGAGAGCUACUCUUGGGAGGCAAUUUCUAAAGGGAAUAUCAUUAUGUUGCCGUUCUUAAUUCUACAAUGUUUUAUUGUAUUGAGAACGACAGCUAUCAUAAAAUCCCAUUUAAGGCAAGUAAGA